ACAGUUUUUUUCAUCCAUUGCCAUAGAACAAUUCCACUCCUAGCCAGCAGGUGGUGCUACAUGUUUUAAAACAGAAGAAGAAGAAGACGCUUGUGUUCCUGUUUCCUGUUACAGUCAGUUGGCGGCUGAAAAGCGCCAAAUCAAAAUCGCUAAAGAGUCAUUGAACGGGAACUCAGAGACUGUAAUGGGAGCCAACGCCUUCUAGUGUUGUCGUUUUGUUUUUAUGCCUUUAGAGUCGUGAUAUUUUCCCCUCACUGCUCAAAACGUUCAUUUUGUGACAAACAUGGAGGAACUUUUCAGCAAAGCGCUACAAGUGAACGUCAGAUGUAGGGACUGCGAAGAAAGGAAAGCAAAUAUUCGUGUCACCAUCAAUCUUCAGUUGACAAACAGUCCAGUACACAAAAGGGAUCUCCUUGUCAGACUCACAGAUGAUGUAGAUCCAUACUUUCUCUUCAACCUUUCCAUUUCAGAGGAAGAUUUUCAAAGUCUGAAAGUGCAGCAGGGCCUCCUCAUAGACUUUGCUUCAUUUCCCCAGAAGUUUAUUGACCUGCUGAAUCUGUGUUACUCUGAGCAGGAGUCAGACAAUCCAAGGUUUCUGCUGCACUUGUCUUGUCAGUCUCCAGUACUCGAAGGACCUGCCAACUUCAGUGUUGUGGAGACGAACGCUUUCAAACACUUGAACCACCUGUCUUUACGUCUAGUUCAAGGCUCUGACAAAGAGGUUAAAGAUUAUCUAGCAGUGUGUCUCUCCUCUUUGAAGGCAGAGAAGGAGGACCUGGAGCUGAAGCUGAAGAAGACAGAAGAGGAUCUGUCCAGACAGCUCACUUAUGCUCAACAGACUCUAUCUGAGAAGUCUAAAGAGCUGGACAAACUACGUUCAGAGUGGACGAGUCAGACGAGCUCUCUGUCCAGUCGUCAUUCUCAGGAGUUGCAGUCCGAGAGGGAAAAGGCUCUAGAGUUACAGAGCAGGCUUCAGCAGCAGACUGAGCACCUUCGACAGGAGCUGGAGAACACCCAUAAGAAGAGCAGCCAGCAGCUCCAGAGCAGACUGACGGAGCUGGAGGCCUCAUGCAGAGAGCUCACAGAGAGGAAAUACAAGAACGAGUCUACGAUCAGAGACCUGAAGAUUAAACUGGUGGGAGCAGAGGAGGAGUGCCAGCGCUCCAAGCAGCAGGUGUUGUCUCUGAGGAGAGAGAACGGCACCUUGGACACAGAAUGCCACGAGAAGGAGCGUUUGGUGAGCCAGCUGCAGAUGAGAGUCGCUGUUCUGGAGCAGGAGAUGAAGGACAAGGAGCAGCUCAUGUGCAGAACAAAGGAGGUUCUGGAAGCCACUCAGCAGCAGAAGGACUCAAUAGAGGGAAAUGCUGAGAGCAAAGAGCUUCAGAUUAGAAAACUUGAGGCAACUGUGAAAUCCCUCUCUGAGGAGCUGCUAAAGGCCAAUAAUAUCAUAAAGAAGCUGCAGGGAGAUGUCAGAGGCCUGGUCGGUAAAAUCAAAGUUAAGAACACUGUGACGGUGUCCCAGGAGAAGGUGCUCCAGGAAACAUCAGAAAAACUGCAGAACGUUGAAAAGGACUUACUGAACAGUCAGCAGCAGCUCAUCACCAAGGAUGAACAGGUUACUAAAUUAAAAGAACAGUUGGAGGCAACAGUACAGAAACUCAAUGAAAGCAGAGAAGUGUUAAAAACUAAUGAGAAUGUUAUAAGCUGGCUGAAUAAGCAGCUGAAUGAAAAGCAGCUGUCCAGAAAGCCGCAGUCUGCUGAACCCUCGGACCAUCCUUCAGUUUUGUCUACAACAACAGGACUCAGGGCCCAGUUCUAUCCUGUGUCGAGCAGACCUGCAGUGUCUCCAUCGGCAGCUGCAGACAGUCCACCUGCUGAACAGCGGGCAGCACAGCACACUCACAGACACUCACUAGGAGAUGCUGCAGGCCUGGACUCCAAGUACUUUGAGAGGAGAGAUGAUAGCAUUCCCAUCUAUGGUUUAUCAUCGAAUCUGCUGCAUAGAGAGAUCCAUCAGCGAGCAAAACACUCUGUAGCUUCUGCCUACUUUUCCGCCUGAGGAAGAAAAUCCUUUGAGCAAAGAAAAACCAACAAAACCCAGGUCUCGUGUUGACACUCCUCUACAAAACUGUCAGUAAUGCGUGGUUUUAAAGUUGUUUUGACAUUAGUUUUUGUGUUGUCUGUCUAGUAUGUGGAUAAAAGUGAAUGCUCUUGUGUAUAGAUUUCACAUUAUGGAGAAUGCAUCCAAGGCAUCAUUUCCCUCAUCAUUUUAUUAAGUGUCUUUAAUAAACCUU